AUGCGCGAAAUCGUUCACAUCCAAGCUGGGCAGUGCGGUAAUCAGAUAGGCGCUAAGGUGUUUUGGGAGGUUAUUUCCGAUGAACACGGAAUCGAUCCUACUGGAACCUACCAUGGAGAUUCCGAUCUUCAAUUGGAACGCAUUAAUGUAUACUACAACGAAGCUACUGGGGGAAAAUAUGUUCCCAGAGCAAUACUAGUGGAUUUAGAACCGGGUACAAUGGAUAGUGUUAGAGCGGGUCCUUUUGGACAACUUUUCCGUCCUGAUAACUUCGUUUUUGGACAGAGUGGGGCUGGCAAUAAUUGGGCCAAGGGGCAUUACACAGAGGGUGCUGAGUUAGUUGAUGCAGUCCUUGAUGUUGUCCGAAAAGAGGCGGAAUCUUGCGAUUGUCUACAGGGAUUCCAGCUGACUCAUUCCCUAGGUGGCGGCACAGGCUCUGGUAUGGGUACGCUCCUAAUUUCCAAGGUUCGGGAGGAGUAUCCGGAUAGAAUAAUGAACACUUUCUCAGUGGUACCAUCCCCAAAGGUUUCAGACACAGUUGUGGAACCUUAUAAUGCCACUCUUUCUGUCCACCAACUGGUUGAAAAUACGGAUGAAACAUACUGUAUCGAUAACGAAGCAUUGUAUGAUAUAUGCUUCCGAACCUUAAGACUAGGAACGCCUACUUACGGAGAUCUCAACCACUUGGUCAGUGCAACGAUGUCAGGUGUUACCACAUGCCUCCGCUUCCCGGGUCAGCUAAAUGCAGAUCUUCGAAAACUUGCAGUUAAUAUGGUGCCCUUCCCGAGACUUCACUUCUUUAUGCCUGGCUUCGCUCCGCUAACCAGUCGAGGCUGUCAACAAUAUCGUGCCUUGACCGUACCUGAGCUGACACAACAGAUGUUUGACGCCAAAAAUAUGAUGGCAGCAUGUGAUCCUAGACACGGACGUUACCUGACAGUCGCAGCAAUCUUCCGUGGAAGGAUGUCGAUGAAAGAGGUCGAUGAACAGAUGCUCAAUGUUCAAAAUAAAAAUUCCAGCUACUUUGUAGAGUGGAUUCCCAACAACGUUAAGACAGCUGUCUGUGACAUUCCGCCUCGAGGGUUGAAAAUGGCAGCAACAUUUGCUGGUAACAGCACUGCAAUCCAAGAACUGUUUAAACGUGUUAGUGAGCAAUUCACUGCCAUGUUUAGGCGGAAGGCAUUCCUUCACUGGUAUACUGGUGAAGGUAUGGAUGAAAUGGAAUUUACUGAGGCCGAAUCGAAUAUGAACGAUCUAAUCAGCGAAUAUCAGCAAUAUCAGGAUGCCUGUGCUGAGGACGAAGGUGAAUUCGAUGAGGAGGAAGGCGAAGAAGGUUAA